AUGCCCAUCGUGCAACGAGGUGCCCCUACCGGUACGGUCCCACGCACUCCGAAAGACUUGACGCAGGCUGUGGCAGAGUUUCGCAGGAGGAGCAAGUGGGAAGAAGCUCUCCAGCUGUUCCGCAGCUCUUUGCAGGGGCGCCUGCAGGCUGAUGGCAUCGUGUAUGGUGCUGCGGUCAGCGCGUGCGAGAGGGGCAGCUGCUGGCAAUAUUCCCUGGCUUUGCUCGCUGAGGCGGACGAGCUGACGUUGGAUCCUGGAAUCAGGACGCUCAAUUCCGCCUUGGCGGCAUGCGGAGCAGGCAACGAGUGGUGCUGGGCUCUGCAUCUCUUCGAUCAGGCUCAGCAGGGACUCCACGGAGCGCCGAAUGUGGUCACCUACAACUCAGCGAUCGCUGCCGUUACCAAGGCAGAUCAAUGGAGGCUUGGCCUCCAGCUUUUCGAGCAGCUGGCUGGCAGCGCCACCUUGCAGGCGACGGCAGUCUCCUUCACGGCCGGGCUCACGGCCUGCGCCAGGGGCGAGCUCUGGCAAAGCGCUCUUGGGAUCCUGGCCGUGGCAUGUGCGGCCUCCUUGGAGACCGGAGCAAUGACGGCAGGCCGCAACGCUGCCGCCAACGCCUGCAUCCAAGCGGGCCGCUGGGAGGAGGGCCUUUCGGUGGCGCUGGCCAGCCCCAGCCUUGACGAGGGGAGUUGGGCCCUUGCGGUCUUCGCUUGCAAGGCUGGCAACUGCUGGGAGCAGGCGCUCCUCUUGUUGGGCGCCAUGGAGAAGGCCGGUGUGCGGCCGACCGUCGCAGCCUGCAGUGCUGCCAUCGCCAGCUGCGAUCGGCAGUGGGAGCAGGCACUGCAGAUUCUGGUGGCGAUGCAGGCUCGCGGCCCUACGCCCAAUUUCGUCGUUUUCUCUGCAGCCAUCGGUGCAUGUAGCAAUGCCUCGGAAUGGAUCGCGGCGCUUGCCCUGCUGGAGGACGUGAGGAGGAGUUCCAUGCAGGCAGGGGCGAUCCCGGCUGUCAUCAGCUCCUUCGAAAGGAGCGGGCAGUGGGAGUGGGUGCUGCACGUCUUGACGGCAUGCCGAGACAUGGGGUUUCACGAAGAUCUCCCAUCUCUGAACGCAGCUAUCAGCUCCUUGGGGCAGCGCUGGCAAAGGGCGGCGGAGCUCUUCGCAGGCCUUCAGGCGGAGUGCCUGCGGCCGGACAUCAUCAGCCUUGGGGCGAUGACGACCUCCUUUGGCACGUCCGACCGUUGGGAAUCCGUGCUGGCGCUGGGCAGGCUCAUACAAAAUCGAUUGGAGAGCAACGUUGUGUCUGCUGGGGCAACCAUCACUGCCUUGCAUCGAGGAAGCCAGUGGGAGAGUGCGGUGGAUGCCUUGCAGAGGAUGCCACAGAGCGCUUUGCAGCCCAACAUCGUCGCGUGCAAUGCGGGCCUGGGGGCCGCAGAGCGCGGCGCGAGGGCGGCCUGGGACCAGGCCCUCAGCCUCCAAGAGAAGCUCCGGCGCUUCGGCCAGCGGCUGGAUGCGGUCUCCUUCAAUUCUGCUGCAAGUGUCUGCAGCCUGGAGAGGCGCUGGGACGUGGCGUUGGCUCUGCUGCAUGUGGUACCCGAAGCGUCCAUCGAAGCAGGUCCUGUGGGUUACAACAUCGCGAUUCAUGCCUGUGAGAAAGUGGGACGCUGGCGAGAGGCUCUCCGUGCUUUUGCAGAAGGGGCCACGCCGGACAUCGUCGCUUUCGCAACGGCAAUUGCUGCCUGUGCCAGCGGCAGCCGCUGGGAGCUUGUUCUCGUCCUGUUGCAUGAGAUGUCCAUGGAGCAGUUGGAGCCGCCAGUCGUUGCUUACAACGCGGCACUGACCGCAUGCACGUCGGCUGUCUCCUGGGCUACAGCGCUGGCCCUCUACUCUUGUAUGCAGGGCUGCCACAUGGCUCCGGAGGCUGCUUUUUCUGGAUGUUUGAGGAAUCAGAGAAGACUUUGGACACAGACUUAA